AGAAGAAAGGAUAUGAUAUGAACACAAAAACAAAACAAAAACAAAAGACACAAGACAUGCUCUGAUAUUCUGUCUGGUAUUUGGGGUGUUUUCUCUUUUAACCAUCCCAAUCCCAAUAUCACCUCUCCAAUUUUCCCUUUUCUCUUUUCUCUUUUCUCUUUUCCCUUUUCUUUUCUUCCCCCCUUUUUUUUUCUCUUUCCUUAAAAAACUAACCCAUUCUCUUACUCCUCUUCAUUAUUCUUUUUCUUCUUCUUCCUCCUCUUCUUCACUUGCAUUUCUCAAGCUUGUCGCGUUCUAAAAGUAUCUUCCUUCGGUUGGGUUGCAGUUUUUUCUUUCUUUCUACGAAAGACUCCAACUUUCUUUGUUUUGUGUGAGGAAGGAGUAGAUAGUAUCUAAUUCAAAAACUUUAAUGUUAUUGAUUUGAUAUAGAAAGGGGCAGGCGACCCGAUCUGCGCCAAGUUUCUUCAAACGAAACAGUAGUGAUGAUGGCGGUAACUUCAUCAGUCUGCAAAGAUGGAGGAAGCAAAAUAGCAAUGGACAACGGGAAGUACGUUAGGUACACACCAGAGCAGGUAGAAGCACUUGAAAGACUCUACCAUGAAUGUCCUAAACCAAGUUCUAUGCGCCGCCAACAGUUGAUUAGGGAAUGCCCUAUUCUCUCUAAUAUAGAACCCAAGCAAAUCAAAGUUUGGUUCCAAAAUCGAAGAUGCAGAGAGAAGCAGAGAAAAGAGGCUUCACGGCUUCAAGCUGUGAAUAGGAAGUUGACGGCUAUGAAUAAGUUGUUAAUGGAGGAGAAUGAUAGGUUGCAAAAGCAGGUGUCUCAGUUGGUCUAUGAGAACAGUUACUUUCGCCAACAGACACAAAAUGCUACCAAUCUGGCCACCACAGACACAAACACGAGUUGUGAAUCGGUGGUGACUAGUGGUCAGCACCAUUUGACUCCUCAGCAUCCACCAAGGGAUGCUAGCCCUGCAGGACUUUUGUCCAUUGCAGAGGAGACUUUAGCAGAGUUUCUUUCAAAGGCUACUGGAACUGCUGUGGAGUGGGUCCAAAUGCCUGGGAUGAAGCCUGGUCCGGAUUCCAUUGGAAUCGUUGCUAUUUCUCAUGGUUGCCCUGGUGUGGCAGCACGUGCAUGCGGCCUUGUAGGUCUAGAACCUACCAGAGUUGCGGAAAUCCUUAAAGAUCGGCCAUCAUGGUUUCGUGAUUGCCGAGCUGUGGAUGUUCUAAAUGCAUUGUCCACUGGGAAUGGUGGAACUAUUGAAUUGCUUUACAUGCAGCUCUAUGCCCCUACAACUUUGGCACCAGCUCGUGACUUCUGGUUAUUGCGCUACACUUCUGUUUUGGAGGAUGGCAGCCUUGUGAUUUGUGAGAGAUCACUUAACAACACACAGAAUGGCCCGAGUAUGCCACCUACACAGCAUUUUGUGAGGGCUGAAAUGUUGCCUAGUGGAUAUCUGAUUAGACCUUGUGAAGGAGGUGGAUCAAUUAUUCAUAUAGUUGACCACGUGGACUUAGAGCCUUGGAGCGUACCUGAAGUGUUGCGACCGCUCUACGAGUCCUCGACAUUGCUAGCUCAGAAGACAACAAUGGCGGCUUUACGACACUUGAGGCAGAUUUCUCAGGAGGUUUCUCAGCCAAAUGUCUCUGGUUGGGGGAGAAGACCUGCUGCUUUACGUGCACUUAGUCAGAGAUUGAGCAAGGGCUUUAAUGAAGCUAUUAACGGGUUCACUGAUGAGGGGUGGUCCAUGCUGGAAAGUGAUGGCAUUGAUGAUGUGACGGUUCUUGUCAAUUCGUCUCCCAGCAAAAUGAUGGGUCUAAAUAUAUCAUAUGCCAGUGGAUUUCCAGCUAUGAGUAAUGGAGUGCUUUGUGCAAAGGCAUCAAUGUUGUUACAAAAUGUGCCUCCAGCAAUACUUCUCAGGUUCUUGCGUGAACAUCGAUCAGAAUGGGCAGAUACUGGUAUUGAUGCUUAUGCAGCUGCUGCUGUUAAAGCUGGUCCCUGUACCUUGCCAGUAGCUAGAGCUGGAAAUUUUGGGGGUCAGGUUAUUCUUCCCUUGGCUCACACAAUUGAGCACGAAGAGUUUAUGGAGGUAAUUAAACUUGAAAAUAUGGGUUAUCGAGAGGACAUGAUUAUGCCGGGUGACAUCUUUCUCUUGCAACUUUGUAGUGGAGUAGAUGAGAAUGCUGUCGGUACUUGUGCUGAACUCGUCUUUGCUCCUAUUGAUGCUUCUUUUUCUGAUGACGCCCCUAUUAUUCCUUCUGGUUUCCGCAUCAUUCCUCUUGAUUCCAAAAUGGAUGUCACUAGUCCAAACCGUACUCUUGACCUAGCCUCUGCUCUUGAAGUUGGACCUGCUGGAAACAAAGCAUCUGGUGAUCUUCCAGGCCAUUGUGGGAGCACAAAAUCUGUAAUGACAAUAGCAUUCCAAUUUGCUUUUGAAAUCCACCUUCAAGAAAAUGUAGCAUCCAUGGCUCGGCAAUAUGUUCGUAGUGUUAUAGCCUCUGUUCAGAGAGUGGCAUUGGCUCUCUCUCCUUCUCGUUUUGGUUCUAAUCCUAGUCUCCGGCCACCCCCUGGCACUCCUGAAGCUCACACACUUUCAAGUUGGAUAUGUCAAAGCUAUAGGUGCUAUCUAGGUGUGGAACUACUUAAAAAUGAAGGAAGUGAAUCCAUUCUGAAAUCACUUUGGCAUCACGCUGAUGCGCUUAUGUGCUGCUCUCUGAAGGCUCUGCCAGUUUUUACAUUUGCUAAUCAGGCGGGACUCGAUAUGCUUGAGACAACUUUGGUUGCGCUUCAGGACAUCACAUUGGAGAAAAUAUUUGAUGACAAUGGAAGGAAGACUUUGUGCUCAGAGUUCCCACAAAUAAUGCAGCAGGGUUUUAUGUGCCUUCAGGGUGGCAUCUGCCUGUCAAGUAUGGGAAGACCAGUAUCCUAUGAGAGAGCAGUGGCAUGGAAGGUGUUGAACGAAGAGGAAACUGCCCACUGCAUUUGCUUUAUGUUCAUCAACUGGUCUUUUGUCUGAAACUAGUUAUAAAAAAUCGAAAUGCAGAAAGAAUAUUAGAUUAGGACAAACUUCUUUUUUGACUUUCUUCUGGUAUUAAUGAAGCUUUGAUACUGUUAUGAGCAUACACCAACAGUAACAUCUGGGUCCCAAUUUCUUUUUUCUUAAA